UAUCCCCUUAACCGCGACUUGCUCGCCUCCGCCCGCCUGCACCUCCAGCACGCCGUCUUCGUCAACGGUCUAGGCUACCUGCUGCACCCGGCCGUCCCUAUCGGGCCCGCCUCGCACGUGGCUGACAUCGCCACCGGCACCGGCAUCUUCGCCCUCGCCCUCGCCGCGGCCCACCCCGAAGCCCGCGUCGAAGCCUCCGACAUCUCCCUCGCCCAGGUCCCCGCCCAGCACUGGUGGCCCGCCAAUGUGACCUUUGCGGUCCUCGACAUCUUCCAGGACCCCUUGCCGGCCUCACUGCUCGCGCGCUACGACGUCCUCUGCCUCCGCCACUUCGUCUCCCUGCAGCCCGGCGAUCCGCGCCCGCUGAUCGCCCGCUUGCUGGCCAUGCUGCGGCCCGGGGGCUAUCUGCACUGGCAGGAAUGGGACCUG